AGGGGGUGUGUGUGCACACUCUGCUCUGUAUUUAAGAAGAAGAAAAAGCAUUAUUCCUUUUUUUGAAUGCUUCUGAAUUGCAUUCUUUAGUGUGAGUGGGGUUUUUUUAUACUCCUGUUACAAACUUUUUUUUCAUCAGGCCUGUUGUCUAAUUUAUUAUAAUUUUGUUAAGAAUUCUUUUGCACAGAUGUUUUUGACGACUUUUGAUGAUUACCUGAAUUCAUGAGCUGUAUAGCUUUAUUUCGAACAUUUUCUAAAUACUUCUCAUUUUAUAAAUUACAUCAAUUCACAGAUACCUUUUACAAAAACCAUAUACAGCGUACCAAAUCCUGACAUGCCUGUGCAGCUGCUUCCUUUGCUGUCAGCGGGUGCCGGGGAUGGUGGAGCAAGGGAGCUGUCAGCAGGAGUGGGUACCAAGCUGACAAAUCUACUUCAGCCUGUUCUCUAGUAACAGCCACAUGUAGGUGAACUGUUCAGACAGUUCAUACUGGGGUAUGUUUAAAUACAAACUAAACCAGAAGGGUGAUGUGAGGCAGAGAAGGGCACACAGGCAACAUGAGUGACAUGACAUGACCAGAGCUUCCACAGGGCUUUUUCCAUGAGCCUUUGUGGGUAUUUUGGGUGGGCCUGCCCGGUGUGUGGUGGGUCCACCUCCUUUGGGUCACAAGAUGCUGAGUCCAGCUUGGAGGAGGGUGGGCUGGGGCUGUGUGGGAGGAGAUUGUGUUGCGGAUGGAGUGACGCACUUCCCUUGUAAGGGAGAAGUAGCAAUAUGUUUAUUGAUAUAAAACAGUGAUACAAUAAAGUUCAAUGGUAAACGCGGCAGUGGUUUAACAAGAGUAGCCCAGCGAGAAGGGGGACAUAUGCCACCAACUGCUCUGUUCUCAUCCCAAACCCACACCAGAAUGCUGCCCUGUCCUGCUUUCUGCCAUUUCACUGCGCCUUUAUGUUACAUUGUGAGACUCUGUUUUUCUGGCAGCAUCAGACUGGAGGCAUCCUUGCUGGCCAAGUGCUUCUGAGGUGGACACAGUUUUCUUUCCUCUCUCUGAAUGGUCACAGGUGACUGCCACCUUAGCAGCUCCAGCAGGUUCACUGGAAAGCUUCCUCUGAGACAGGCAAACUGCCGGAAGAGCUCAAAUUGGACAAUUUUGUGGAAGAAAUAGAUGCUGGCAGCAGUUUGCAGAGGAGCGCUGUGGGCUGGCCAUGCUGCCUGUCCUGCUGCAUUCAACUCCUGAGCAGCAGUGAGGAGAAAGCAGCCCGAGUGGAUCACUGGGGGAGUCUUUUAAGUGAUGGUUAAAUGAAACCGUAGGUACAAAACCUGCUCUGCCUGGGGUUAGCUGACACCACCCAAGAAGCUCUGCCCACAGCAGAGGGGCACAUCUUUCUGUGCUGUGUAGGAUUUGUGGCUCUGGGUCUCCUGAUACUGAUUUUAGAUUUCCUACUGUGUUUUGCGGGGAAGGCAUAGGGAACACACAUGCUGCCUUAUCAUCAGUGCUUGGGUCCAGCGUACAGCUGCCUGUCCAGUCCUGGAUACUGGACUCAAUGGGCUGGGACAUCACUUCCCGUCCUCUGUCCCAUAUAAUCAUCUCUUUGUUAACUACCUCUGUAUUUCUACAAACCCUAGAAAGCACAGUUUCACAUCAAACUUUUUAUUCCCUUGGCCAAGAGGAAAUCCCUGCCAAGGGAAAGCUUAAGUAUUUCUCUGUCCCUCUGAGGGGAAAAAAAGGUCUUUGGAAAAUACUGUAAGUACAAUAAGCUGGCUUGUUUUUCACAAUUCUUCUGUUACCCCCCUAUUCUAUGCUAGCUAGUAAGUUUCAUGGUGUGAAACAGGCUGAAACUUGCCUGCCAGUUCUUUAAAACUGAGCUUAAAUUUGAACUGUGUCCUGGAAGAGAGCAGCGCUGCCGCACAUGCUGCUGGUUUAUAAAUGGCACAGACUCGGCAUGAGCUGGGCUGCUGGUAGAGAAAAAGGAUGCUGACGACUGGAGAGAUUGAUUUGCCUUUCUCACAGAUGUGCUUGUCUUGGAGUAGCACCCGGAGGAGCAUGACUGGGUGGAAAAGCAGCACGUCAGAGCAGAAAUAAUGUCAUGCAGCCCAAUAGCUGCAGAAGAUCCUGGCUUGGAGCUCGCCCUGGGGCUAUAAAGCUGGCUGAAGGAGCGAAAGCAGCAGCGAGCCGAGUGGGAGAAGCACACGGCAGGAGCAUCCCCCCACUCCUGCUAGUUGCGUACUGUGUUUGCAGCCCCCGAGCGCGCCUGGGCUGAGCAAGGGGAGGACGGCUCUCCCGGCACACGGCAUGAGCUCUGCUCUCUUGCAAAUGAGCUAUUUCCAAAUUGGAGGAGCAGAGCGGCGUUUCGGAGAUGUUGUCCUGUUUUGUCUGGCUCGCUCUCCCUGACGUGGUUAACGCCUUUGUGACCCCAGGAAAGUUGCCCCUCAGUGGGAGCCUGGAGAAGACUUUUGUAAUCCCGAACAUCUCGGGUUUCUUUUCUUGGGAUAAUGACAGCCUGGCUGACUGGCAGAGCUUUGUGGGCAGGAGCCGGUACGGAGCGGAGUCGCAGAGCAUCACAGUGAAAGCCCUGCUCGUCACGGCGUACUCCUUCAUCAUUGUCUUCUCCCUCUUCGGCAACGUCCUGGUCUGUCACGUUGUCAUCAAGACCAAGCGCAUGCACUCCGCCACCAGCUUGUUCAUUGUGAACCUGGCUGUAGCCGAUAUCAUGAUCACGCUCCUCAACACGCCUUUUACACUGGCUCGUUUUGUGAACAGUACCUGGAUAUUCGGGAAGGGGAUGUGCCAUGUCAGUAGGUUUGCGCAGUACUGUUCCCUCCACGUCUCUGCCUUGACCCUCACAGCCAUUGCUGUGGACAGGCACCAGGUUAUAAUGCACCCUCUGAAACCUCGCAUAUCUACUGCAAAAGGUGUUAUCUACAUCUCUGUAAUCUGGAUCAUGGCAACUUGUUUCUCCCUACCACAUGCUAUUUACCAAAAACUCUUUACCUUUGAAUACAGUGAGGAGGUUACCCGGUGCCUAUGUCUGCCGGAUUUCCCUGAGCCUGCUGACCUCUUUUGGAAGUACCUCGACUUAACCACCUUCGUUUUGCUCUACGUCCUGCCCCUUCUGAUCAUCUCUGCUGCCUACAUGACAGUGGCCAAGAAACUCUGGCUGCGCAACGUCAUCGGGGAUGUCACCACUGAGCAGUACUUCGCCCUUCGCAAAAAGAAUAGGAAGACCAUAAAGAUGCUGAUGCUCGUCGUCAUCCUCUUCGCAGUCUGCUGGUUCCCCUUGAAUUGCUACGUCAUCCUCCUCUCCAGCCAGACCAUCCGCACCAACAAUGCCCUGUACUUCGCCUUUCACUGGUUGGCAAUGAGCAGCACCUGCUACAACCCCUUCAUCUACUGCUGGCUCAAUGACAGCUUCCGAUCGGAACUGAAGGCUUUGCUCAACUUGUGCAGAAAAACUCCCAGGCCCGCAGAACAGAGGCUUGCCUCCACGAUCCCAUCCUACCGACCGGCUUGGCCAGAAAACGUCAACUUCAAGAGGUUGCAGGCCUCCCAUGUCCUUCCAUCAGCCUCCAACAUCCAGUCAGGAAAGACAGACAUCUCUGCAGUUGAGCCGGUAGUAGCUGUGAGCUAAACGGCGGCCCUGGGAAAUCUAUAAGGACUGCCCACAGAUUUGGCUAGAGCUAAAAUGGUGGGAAGAUGUGGAGCCCUGACCUACUUAGGGACUGUACAACCACACGUGAUAAAACCAAGAAGGAGGUUCUGCAGGAGGUAACGUGAAAGAGCUGCAUGUUUGAUGCGGGCUGAUGAUAAUGGCGUGGAGCCCUAAAGAAAGGUCUUCCCAGGAAGGAACUCUCUUUGUCAAGUUGACUUUGGAUCAGCUUGCAGGACGGGAUUCUCUGCAUGUAUGUCGCUGUUAUCUGUGUGACUAAGCCUUUUUACCACUGGGGCUCUGUGUGUGUUUUGCUGGUACUUAAACACUACAGCAACGGUCUAAUCACAACGGGCCUCCCUCCCCCUUUUCUAAGUCUCUUCAUAACAACGUGGAAAUGGUUGAGAUAUAGACCUUUAGGUUGCUGGCUUAGAUCCAGUGCAACUGGGUAGGAAGGCAUCCCUUCUGAACUGGAGUCUGAAAAGUCAAGAUCUGUUCAGAAUGAAUGAACAGAUGUAUUUCACAAAUCCAUUUUUUUGUGGAAAUACCCUCAGAGAAGUGGAAGGUAAGAUGGACAUUGAUAAACAGAGGAGUCUCUUACAUCGCAGGCACUUUUUCUAAGGUAGAGUUGGAAGAAAAAUGGAUGCCUAUUCUUUGCAUAAGUAGAUGGCAAACACCAACCCGUUAGCUCAGCAUCUGCCACCAGUGCUAAAUCACACAGAAUUUUUCUUUCCUACAAUAAAGUAGUGAAUAUUCAGAAAGUUUGUCUUCAAAUAGAGAACUAAACACAAAAAAGCUGCUUUGGAGAAUGCUGGACAUAAAAUCCACAGUCAGAGAACAGGUAAUUAAACACUACUCUGAAUUUGGACUAGGACCUUUUGAUCAGAGCAUCUUUGCAUUAUUUUCAAGUGCCAGCUAAAGGAUCCCACUGUUCGACUUUUUAAUUUGUCUUUGAACGUUGCUCUCUUAUCCUGUAAAGCACCUGGGUACUUCUCAGAUCAGACAUUUGGGACACUUCAUUCCAACUAAGAUGUUAGCUCUCUGGAAUCUGUUCAUAUAUUAACUGUUUUGAGAGAACACAUGAUAUCUCUGAUAACAAGUAAUAGAAGUGGAACGUUUCACCACAAGAUAUCCUCUGGUGAUUGCACAAUUUUUUUGCGUUUAAAGAUGAGUGAGAUGUGUCCUUCUUGCGGUGGCCAAGAAAAUUCAUGUGACUGCAGCUGUCUGGAGUAGUUUGCAGAACUUAAUGUUCUUAGCAGAAGAAAAUCUGAUUUUGAAUCAUGAAAAAAAAAGAGAAUUCCAAAAACUGUACCUUGUAUUGCUCAGGAAAGCAAUAACUCUCCUUGUGCUGUGGAAAUUAGCUGGAAUGUCACACCAGGGUGCCCCAUUCCACAUCAACUUGCAGCAGCCAGCAGUGAAGCAAGAAAAAUCUUCAUUUUAUAGAUGACUAUAAAUGGAAAAAGAAAAAGAGAAACUGUUUUUCCCAAUGUCCUGUAAUAAACUUACAUUUCUGAAAUCAUUUUAAGCCUUAUGCAGGUCUUUUAGUAGCAGUAUUUAAAGAGACUGAAAUGCCUACCACUCCUUGCAGCUAGCCUGUCCUUUCACAAGGUGUUAUCAGUCUCUCACUUUGAAUCCAGUGCUAUUUUACUACCCUUUAUCAAGGCCCCGUGAGUCAGAGUACUUUGUAUCACUGAUAUGCAGAAUCAAACCUUUCUUCCUGCCUGCUUUGAACCCUUAAGCCAGGUCCCGUUUCCCCCCUUUACAUUAGCAACACGUCAGCCCUGAAGUGGUCACGCAGUUGGACUAGAUGAUCGUUGUAGGUCUCUUCCAACUGAAAUAUUCUAUUCUAUUCUAUUCUAUUCUAUUCUAUUCUAUUGGAGAUCCCAAUAGCACAGAGCCUGUGAACCACGGUCCCCAGUCCAGUGACAGCAGAUCCCAAUUCUUUACCAGAAAAUAAACCUUUGGGAAUGCUGAGUACCUAAAAAUCUAAUACUAUGCACUUAAAAGAGGAAAGUGGUGAUGGGGUAUUUUUAGAUCCGCAGUAACCUUGGACAUACUCUGAAUUGCUGUAAAUCAGACCAAUUCCCUGAUUUCAGUUGUGCAAGAUCUGACCUAUACAUUCAGUAUAGGAAGAUUUAAAUUAACGUGCCAAAGCGUGUGAGAGAAGCAGGGACCUCAGCCCCUUUCUCCUCUACAAGAGAGAGAGGUCUGGUAGCGUUGGAAAACCCGCUUCAUGAGAGUUUGGGAAGUUAGCCCAUCCCUUCCAAGUCCAUUCAGUGGACAUUAUCCUUUCAUUUUUCCCUUUGCCUCUUCCUUCCUUGUAAUUAUGCAGCUCCAAUUUAAUUUCAGAGUCCCUCAUAACCCCUUGUAGUCAUCCUUACCAGUUUUUAACUAUUUAAACAUUUCUCCCGAAUACUAAAAUAUUGCCCCAGGAGAGGAAAAACGUGUGCGUGCCCAUAUCGGCAAGGGAUAAAGCAACAAAUUAGAUGCUACAUUUGGUUCCCUUGGUCAAAAGAAAAAUGGUCUGUGUUUACAUGCAGUUUCUAGCAGCAAGCGUUCACUCACUGGUAGCAAAGAGAAGGGAGAAGAGCGGUGAGGAGGAAGCUGAGAGGGGAGGGAGCGUGCGAUGGC